UGUGGGACAGAAAGCUAUCGUCAAGGCAACAGCAGAGUUUAGCGACCGGAAAUCUGCAGCUAGCAUAACACUAACCGAAAUAAUUCAGUUAAGAAACAUAAUUUCAACCAAAUACCUUUUCACUUUGUUGCCAUGAACGAUUCAGUGGCCAAAAAGACCCAAGAGACGUUGGGAAAAGUGAUCAAAAAACCUCCACUGACAGAAAAACUCCUCGGUAAACCUCCGUUUCGAUACUUGCACGACAUAUUCAGUGAGGUAAUUCGUACCACAGGCUUUAUGAAGGGCCUUUAUGAAGAAGCAGAGAUGAAGUCAGAUAAUGUGAAGGAUAAAGACUCAAAAAUAGCCUUCCUCCAGAAAGCUAUCGAUGUGGUGAUGCUGGUCAGUGGAGAGCCCUUGGCUGCUAAACCUGCUCGAAUCAUAGCCGGACAUGAACCAGAGAAGACCAACGAGCUUCUGCAAGCCAUCGCUAAGUGCUGCCUCAACAAGCUCACCAGUGAUGACGCUGUUAAAAGGGUGCUAGGAGGAGAAAAGUUGGACCUGAAGGGGAAGCCCAGCACCUCCAGAUCUCAAGACAAGGAGAACAGAGAGGGUCGGGAACGCCACAGAGAUCGAGAGGAGGACAAGAAAGGAAUCAAGGAGAGCAGUGGAAGCCGAGAGCAAAACCAUUCAGAUCAACCAAAAGAUCAAGAGAGCCGGAGGGAUGAUAAAGAUAGACGGCGGGACGCAGAGAGGCCCGACAAGGGACGUGAAAGAGACCGGGCGAAAGACAGAGACAAAGACAAGAGCCGUGACCGGGAAAAAGACAAGACCAGGGAGAAAGAGCGUGAUAAAGAGAAAGAACGUAACAGGGAGAAGGAGAGAGAAAAAGAGAAAGAAAGAGAUAAGAAGAAGGAACGGGAAUCUCAUAAAGACAGAGAUCGUGAGCGCGAGAAACGACGGGAGAGAGAAAGAGAAAAAGAACGAAACGGAGACACAGAGGAGAAGCUGAAGGAUAAAGCCGAUAGAAAGAUCCGGGCAGCAGAAGAGAUCAGCAAGUCAAAGCCUCACCCAAAAGAAGCCAGUAAACCCCUUGAAGCUCAACCAGAAGAGCCCGCAGAUCUUUCUGAAAUUCAGGCCGAAAGUCCUUCCCGGAUCCCAAGGCCUUCGUCGGCUAAAGGGCAGCGUCGGUUGCCCACAACAGGCGUUCAAGAUGAGUCUGACAGUGAAGGAGGGGAAACACCUUUAGCACAAAAACCAGUAGUGAACGGGGACGUGACAGAUUCUGUGCCAUAUCAUACAACAAACAGAAGAUUAGCACGGCCUAGCAGCGCCCGACCGGCGGCCCCACGCGUGAAGCGACAGGAGAGCCACACUGAUGUGACCCCAGCAGAAAGACAGGGCAGUGGCAAGCCCCUCCCAGCGGUCAUCAUGGAUGGGAAGAAGCUUUCUGAAGAUGAGGAUGAUGAAGAUGGACAGUUUGUGGUGGAGGAGGCAGCUCUUCCUCCCACUGACAUACCUGAGAUGCAGCACAAUUCACUUGAACUGAAAGCAGGAGAUAAACACGGUGGACUUGUCAAAAAAAUUCUGGAGACCAAGAAGGAUUACGAAUCAUCUCCGAAGUCAAAGGAACAGGAUCGGACAUCGGUGUCAGAGGCGUCUCGUAGGAAGGAACGUGAACUGGUGGCGAAGGAAAUCGAUCGCCUGCGAUCCUCUAUACAGACGGUGUGCCGCAGCGCUCUGCCCCUGGGCAAGAUCAUGGACUACAUCCAGGAAGACAUGGACUCCAUGCAGAAUGAAUUGCAGACUUGGCACAAGGAGAACAAAGAGAAUGCACAGGCUCUGUUACAGGAACAAAGAAUCACGGACGGCAUUGUGGAACCUCUGAUGGUUGAACUCGCUGAACUGGAGCAGUCGAUCAAAGACCAACAAGACAAGAUCUGCGCAGUCAAAUCCAACAUCCUAAAAAACGAGGAGAAGAUCCAGAAGAUGGUUUCCAGCAUUAGCUUCUCCUCACAGACGUGAAAUACAGCACACCCCAAAUGAAACCUAAAGCACUGACCGUCGAAAUCAUCUCAGCCCAGAUGACUUUGAGCAGGUACUGAAGAACAUUUACAAGGUGUGAUCACCGUCUUCAAACCCCUUCCAUGUCAGGUGCCUUCUGCAAGUCCCAGGAUCGAUUAGCGGUGGAUAGCAGUGUGAGGAAAAGCAAACCCAAACUUUUUGCACUUCUUACUUUGUUGCUUGAGAGAUAAAUCUGUGUGGUCCCCAUAUUGAUGAGUCUUGUGACUUUAAUUCAUCUCCGCAUUUAAUUCAUCUGUUGUUUCCACAUUGACAGGUGUUUUCUCUCCAAAGAAAGCAUUGGCAAUAUCAUAAUGUUUCUAGAGUGAUUUGCAAAGCAAUAGAGCUGUCAUGAGCAUAGGAAUUGCCAAAAUAUGGAGACACACCACACAAGCACCUCUGCACUUUGAUGAAUGAGACGGUAAUAUUAAACAUUUAACCCGUACACAUGAAAAACUUCUCAAGUAGCAGAAUAUAUGAUCAAAGAAAUGACAUCAGAUGUAUUGUACCUACAUCAAGAAUGUGCUUUGAUCAAAUGUACUGUGUGUGUAUCAAAUCAUGUUCUGGCUUUUCAUUUCGGACAAUGAAAAUGUCUACAGAACGCUUUUUAGAGGGUAAUUUUGCCAUUACUGUAAGUGAUGGUAAUUUUACCGUUUGCUGAAUUUGAGCAUCAAAUUUUGUUAAAAGGCUUGUGAGAACUUUUUCUACUGUAGACUGAGCUCCAUAAAGCAAUUAUAACAUUUAUACAAAGAUCUAUUUUGAUUAGCAUGAAAUGUUUGGAAACUGUGUUAGAUAAAGCAAUAAUGGGUCCAAUCUGUCAAACGGUGGUCAUGCACAUGAUCUUUAGAAAUGCAUCACAUGUCUGUGUAGUCACGCUAUAUGGAUACUGUCAUGAAGUUUUACUUUUUUAGAAGAAUUUAAAGGGAUAGUUCACCCAAAAAUGCUAAUUCUGUCAUGAUUUUCUCAUUCUCAUUUUGUUCUAAACCUGUAUGAAUUUCUUUUUUCUGAUGAGCACAACCAUUGAGUUUCAUAGUAGGAAAAACAAAUACGAUGGAAUUCAUUGGGAACCAUCAACUGUGCAUAACAUAAUUUUUUCAAAAUAUCUUUAUCAUUUAUCACAAUACUUCCAUAAUAUUUGUUUUUUUUCUACUAUGGAAGUCAAUGAUAAGGCAGCUGUGUGCUUACCAUCAUGUAUCAAAAUAUCUUUUUAUGUGUUCAUCAAAAUAAAUAACAUGAAGGUGAGUAAAUUAUAACAGAAAUUAAAUUUUUGGGUGAACUACACUGCAAAAAUUAUUUUCAAGAAAAGAAAAUCUUAGUAUUUUUGUCUUGUUUUCAGUAAAAAUAUCUAAAAAUUCUUAAAUUAAGAUGCUU